CCCUCUUUCCAACAUGGCGCCCCGACACCGCCCUCCCUGUGGGCGGGGCGCAGCUCUCCUCCCCGCCCGGCCCGGUCCGGCCGUGGGUGCCCGGGCCGCCUCUGGCCGCGCAUGCGCAGUGGAGCGCGGGACACCGAGGAGUUGGUGCGGAGCGGAGGCCGCGGGCGGUGCUGCGCUGCGAGGCCGGGAGGAGCACCAGGAUGAAAACAUGGACAAUGUCAAAACUGUGAAGGAAGAAUGGAUGUGUAAGUCAAGAGCUGAUGGCCAGAUUUUGAAUGGUACAGAACAAAACCAUGACUAUUUUGUCAAUGACCUUUUUGAAGAAGCUCAGAAGAUUGGUGCAAUAUGCGUGUCUCCAACUACAGUCAAGAACCAGGUUGAUGUGAUCAUUAAACUUUGGAAAAAUGGGUUUACAGUAAAUGAUGGUGAACUUAGAAGCUACACUGAUGUUGGAAAUCAGCAGUUCUUGGACUCCGUUAAAAAAGGGGAGCUGCCUUUUGAGCUGCAGAAAGUAUUUGAGAAGGAAGAGGUAGAUGUGAAAGUGGAGGACAAAAAAGAUGAAUUGUAUCUGUCAUCAAAAAAGCCAAUAUUUCAUCCCUUUUCUGGUCAUGGUUACAGAUUAGGAAGUGCUACUCCAAGGAUAAUCUCUAAAGGAAGAGAGGAUCAUCAAGCAGCUGCUGAUAAAAGACGUCUUCCUGUAGUACCCUUAAAUGAUUUGGAGCCAGUCACUAACAUCCAGAUCUGGUUAGCGGAUGGGGAGAGGAUAAUUCAGAAAUUCAACGUUUCACACAGAAUAAGCCACGUCAGAGACUUCAUAACAAAGUAUCAAGGAUCAGAGGGAGGUGUUCCCUUCAUGCUGACUACUUCGCUGCCCUUUCGAGAACUGCAAGAUGAGACGCUGACACUACAGGAAGCAAAGUUGCAAAAUGCUGUUGUUGUUCAGAGACUUCAGAAAACAACUGAACCUUUUAGACUCUCAGUGCUGAAAGCUCCUGACAGUGACUGUAAAACUGCUGCUGCACCUAAUGGACGGCUCAGGAAUGAGCAAAAAACCGCUAUCAAAAGCACAACUUCAGAUCAGUUUAUAGCUAACUGAAAGCUGCACACAGGCAGAACUAGACCAAACGUAACCAGCAAUAUCUGGAUGCACUAUCAUUCUUACCUAGUGUGAUCUUAGGGAGCAGGUGUGUGCUGUGCUGUAAUUUGCUGUGACAAACAUAUUUUCAACUAAUUUUGGUGAUCAGAGCCUGGCUGAAUAAUGCAGCAGAGGUAACUGUACGGCAGGGGUUAUCCUUAUGAUUUCCUUGGCUUUGCUAGCAUGUUCUUUAAUGAGUAUACUUAGGUGGAAUGGUACUCUGAGACUUAAUUACUACUGGUAACACACUUUAGGGAAAAACAAUAUUUAUUUUUGCACUUUGGACUAAAGAGAAACUGAACUGAUUGAUUUAAUUUAUACUUCAAUAUAAGUUGCUCCAGUUUCCCUUCUUGUUUUAGUAACAGGCAAUAGAUGCUGCAGGGAAGUUCACAUUUGAACUCCUCUAAGUAUUUUGAAAAUCAGUGUAAGUAUCAUUAGUAUUUAAUUACUAUUUCAUCACAAUAUCUGCAGUGUGAAUGUCCUAUUAAGUCUUCACAUGAUGGUAGGUGCAUGUGUGAGAAGAUUGAAAUUAGGUAGCCUGGUGCAUACUGGAUAUGAAGUGCCUCAAAGUAAGCUCUGAAGGAAUUGUUAUUCCUAAUGGUUGAAGUGUUUUCUGUCUCUUGUGUUCUGCUACAGGUAUCUUACAGACAGGGUGAUGUUAAACUACCUGGCUCACUAGGAUACAGAUCUGCUUUUAGCCUCGUCACAGAGAAACUUCAUUUUUCUGUAGUUUGCCAUGUGGCUGUAGUGGCUUAGAGGGACACAGCUGUUUUUGUACUACAUAUCUGUCUCUGUCCUGAGCUAGCCAUCUGAUGAGAUGUCAACAGCAUGUAGGCAAACUUCAAAGAUAUGUAAAAUCUGUAUUUGAAAACUGAGGCUUCUCCUCUACCCCUUCACCCCGUUUCCAUCCAAAUCUUUUUUCUUUUUUUUUUUUGUCCUUGUGCUUUUGGCGUAAGAUUUAUACCCAACCAUCCCAGGUUUUGCUAAAGGAGAACAUUAAGGACUAAAUAUAUAUAUUUUGUACUGGUUGUGUUAAAUCACAUACGGGUUUGUGUAUGGACCUAGAGUCUCUCGGUAAAGACUUUCUUGGGGCCUUCAAUAAAUGCUGACUUGUUUGUGCUACCUACACAAAUGGGUGGUUGUCAGAGUUGAACUUCUUUUGCGUGGUUAAAGAUCAUUUUGGGCUUCUCUGUUCUUCUAAAUAGAAAAUUAUUUAAUUGAAAUGACUAAUUCUUUCUAAAAGUCCUGUUACUUCAUGCUAAGGAUGGACUUAUUUCAUUUACAGGAACAUAAAACUGCCAGUUUUGUUCCAGAGUCUCUCUCAGAGUUGCAGGAUGGCUGAGAUUGGCAGGGACCUCAGAGGGUCCAUCUGAUCCAACCAGGGGAACUCAAAGCAGAGUGCCAGCACCACAUCCAGGUGGCUCUUAGAGAUCUCCAAGGAAACUCCACAGCCUCUUUGGGCAACUUUGCAACUUUCUCAGUGCUGGAGCACUGAGGACAUUUGAGGACAGUCAAAUUGAAGUCAACUGCACAAAUAACUACUCCCAUGUAUUCAAAAAGUGAAUAUCUGAAAGCUAUGCAAUACAGUAUGCACUGCUUUCAGUGCUAUAAACUUGCUGUGUUACUGCAUCAUUCAGGUUUGUGUAGUAAAUUAUACAAUUGCGUUUUGUUUGCUCUUCCAUUCUCUUUUCCAUUACAUGAAAAGCCUGCGAAAUCUCUAGCUGUAGGAAAAAAUAACCAGACAAAUUCCUUGAUAAAACUGAAGAGACAAGUCACUUGCAGGCAUAUAUUCUACCCUUAGCUUGAACAGUGGCUUUAAUUUAUCAGUUCUUUUGGAUUAGUCUUAAUGUAAAACCAAAUAUUAGAGAAAUACACAUGCUUGAUUGUAAAACACAGUUAUUCUUAUCUAAAAGGUUCGUGUAACUUCAAAGUAGCAGUACACUA